AACUCCAGUCUGGACGAGGAGGAACCAGAACCAUAACUCUCCUCACCGAGAUGAGGAAGAAAAAACACGACCCACAACACAUCCAGAAGGAGGAGGUUCUGACUGAUCAUCAUCUCUGUAACCAGGAGAGGAACUCCAGUCUGGACCAGGAGGAACCAGCACCUCCACAGAUUAAAGAGGAAGAGGAGGAACCCUGCAGCAGUCAGCAUGGAGAGCAGUUUGUUGCUGCUACACCUGAGACCCCAGAUCAGGAAGGAAACAAACAUCAAGACUCAGGAUCAACUACAAAUGCAGAGAUGAAUCCAAAGAAGAGACGCCACAGAAGAAGAGACCCAAAUCACAGUAACAAUGUUAACAACUCUCCCAUUUCAGAGAGUCAGUGGGAUUCUGACACAGGUAAAAAGUCUGUAACAUGUGACGUCUGUGGAAAAGCCUUCAAGAACAACUCAGAAUUGAAGAAGCAUCACAGAUUUCACACAGGUGAGAAGCCGUACUCUUGUGGAACAUGUGGAAAAACCUUCAGUCAAAGUUGUAGUUUAACGGUCCACAUGAGAACGCACACAGGUGAGAAGCCGUACCUCUGUAAUAUCUGUGGGAAGCGCUUUUCAGAUUUGUCUGCAUUAACAAAGCACAUGACAAUCCACUCGGGUGAGAAGCCGUAUUGUUGCAACUUCUGUGAGAAAACUUUCAGCAACAGUAGUAACUUAAAUGUCCACACGAGAACGCACACAGGUGAAAAGUCGUAUUCCUGCAAAAUGUGUGGGAAAAGUUUCAGUCAAAGUAGUAAUUUAAACCUGCACUUAAGGACUCACACGGGCGAGAGACCAUAUGUUUGCAAAACAUGUGGGAAACGAUUCAUUUCCAGUAAGUAUCUGACUUCACACAUGAGGACUCACACAGGUGAGAGGCCAUUUUGUUGCGAGACGUGUGGUAAGAGUUUCAGGCAAAAUAGUGCUUUGAUUGUCCACAUUAGAACUCACAAAAGUGAGAAGCCGUAUUCUUGUGAAAUAUGUGGAAAAUCCUUCAGUCAAAGGGGUAAUUUGAACAAUCACACGAAAAGGCACACAAGUGAGAAAUCAUCCUCCUGAAACGUGUGUUGCAAAAACAAUCUCUUGGAAGCCGAGCUUUAAAAAAAAUGUUGGGUCUUUACUUUUAGUAGCUUUUCUUUUUUCUGGACAUUCAUAUGAAAUGAUGUUCAAUGGGUGCAUUGAAAACGAUUACACUGAAUGAUCCAUGAGGUGUCCCUGUGUCCUUCUAUUAGGUUAGAAAUGCUGCUGCUGAUGUUUGGUAGCAAGUAAAAAAUACCUUUUAUUCAUAUUACAGCCGAGUUAUUUAUGUGAACAUUAAAAGACAUUUCAACACCAACAAUAAUUGAUGUCUUAAUUAGUGAGUCACCUCACACAAACCGCAGUUGUGUAGUGUUAUGUCCGCAAGACUGUGUGACUGGUUUCCUUGGGGAAAAAAAAAAUAAUCGCACUGUGUACAUGAUAACAGUCAGGAUUCUUGUGAAACAUGUGUCACUGAAAAGACAGUCCAUUCACGUGAGAAACCAUACUAUUGAAAUACACUGGAAAAUUUUCAGUCCUGAUUUACAUGAGAAUUCAGGUGAGGGGCAAAACACUACAUACAUAAACCCAUUUAGAAUAUCACAUAUGAAGCCAUACCCUUGCUGCAGCUGUAGGAAAAGCCUAAAAAAAUAAAUAAAUAACUGAGAGACCAUACCUCUGUGCCACCUGUGAAAAGAUUUACAACCUUCUUAGUGCUGGAAAAAAACAAAAACAGCUCAGAAGCUGUGUAUACAUUCACACAAUCAUUUGUGAGAGGUGAGUGUCUGGGUCUUUGUAGAAUAUGAAGAAUUUCCAUGGAAAGGUUCCCAUGAAACUCCAAAUGAGAAUAACUUUACACUUGAGGCAUAUCACAUGAGUACUCGUGAAUCCUUGUGGCAAGAAUAAAACAUUUAAAGAUUCAA